AUGGUCCUACCGGUAAACACUCCUAACGAUAUAGAUGAAAAUGCCAAGUUAGAUGCACAUAUAUUACUAAACAAGUAUAAAAAGGGGAACAUAACGCAAACCAUUUUAGCAGAAAAACUUCGGUUAACAUUACGGAUUACUGAGAUUGAAGAUGUUUUGAAAGAGGACCCUGAAUUAUUAGAGUAUGUCAAAAAAUCAAGUACUUCUACACGCAAUAGAACAACAAAUAACACUUCAAAAUCACAUAACACUGUCAAUAGAGACACUGACCAUAAUGGUAAUCCAGAGUUAUCGGUAGAAAACGAUAACAAUGGAAGUACCACAGCUACUACACCAGAUAUAGUAUAUCCUCCAGAAAAUUUUAGUCAUGUAGUCGGCGAUAUAUACAGAAGUUCUUAUCCAAGAUUAGAAAAUGUACUCUUUUUGGCCAAGCAUUUAAAACUAAAGUCUAUUUUGGUCUUGAUCCCGGAAGACUAUCCACAAGAACUUUUAACUCAAAUAGAAAAAUAUAACAUUAAAAUCUUUCAGGUUGGUAUGAGCGGUAACAAGGAGCCCUUUGUAAAUAUACCAAACGACUUGUUAACUAAAGCUUUGGAAAUUGUAAUAAAUCCUGAGAAUCAUCCAAUACUAAUUCAUUGUAAUAGAGGGAAACAUAGGACAGGAUGCAUUGUUGGUUGUAUACGUAAAUUACAAAAUUGGUCAUUAACUAUGAUAUUUGAUGAAUAUAGAAGAUUUGCAUUUCCGAAAGCUCGUGCUUUGGAUCAACAAUUUAUUGAAAUGUAUGAUAUCGGCGAAAUUAUUAGCAUAGCCUCUGAAAAUAACUGGUUACCUAUCAAAUGGUGA